CGGUCAUUGGAACUACAGCCUAUCAGAUGUUUCAUUGCUGACGUCUGGGAAGGUAUGUACAUGUCUCCUACUCUCUCGAAGUAUUUCAACUUUUUUUCACGGAAUUAUAGGAGGGGCUUUUCAAUUUUAUUUAUAGAGCCAUGGAAUAUAACGGGGUACAAGAACAACAUGCAGAUAAAGACCACAUACAGAAUGGAUCCGUAAGUACCGAAUCUGAAUGCACGAAUAAUGAUACAGGUUAGUUACUCCCAGGAUAUUUGCCUUAUUUUCAAUUUUCGGAAAUUUCUCUAACUAUGUGCUUGUCUUAAAGGCAAUCAUUUAGGAGUAACGUACUAAGGUUACGAAGUAGCAGAAAUUACUGGUGUGAUAAAGCUUAAUACGGUUAAUUUUGCUUGGCGAAAUUCACCUUACAGACGCACAUCGUUUAUGGUGAUCUGCAGAGGAUGAGCGCACUUUUAGACUUGACAAUUUUGGUAACUACAAACCUAAAAGUAGGGCUCGCCCCUGUAUUGACUAUGAACAACAUUCAGAAAUACUGGGGUAACAAGCAUGGUUUUCAAAGUUGUUUGUUCGUCUACCACCUUGACGCAGGGUGCCAUUUCAUAGUCUUAAAUGAAAUUUAACGGAAGCCUUGUCGUUCUGCAGCCCAUAGGGGAUGGAAUCCCUUAAGUUCAUUAGGGUCGUCGAUUCGCCAUUUCUAUAUUCAUGGACAAAUUUCUGCACUUGGCGUUUAAGUUUUUCAUUUCCUUGCAGGUUAGUCUUCUCUAUUAAGAAUCCAUUCUAGAUUUUCUGUAGUUUCCUUUUAGUACUACAUAAAGCGAUUUCAUAUUAAAAUAAGUUCAUUUGAUGUAACAGCGACACAGCAUUAAUCACUUGACUUUCCCCAUAAUCAUAAUAUUGAAUUAUAUUUUAUCGCACUCCCUAAUUUCUACUCGUAUACUAUUAAUACACGCAAUAACCAGUUACUCGACUAAAAAGUUUUCAAAAUAAACAUACAAAAAUUCAUCCUAAUUUAUUUUUCCUACCACAUUUGUUACUGAGUAUUCAUAAAACCAGUCUCCUGUUGCAUUCUUCGCCAGCAGAUAUCACUCGACCGAAUAGUGCUGAUAGUUCGCAGCAGCAGAAUACUAAUUCCUGUCAAAGUUCAAGUGCUGCCAUUUCAGUGGAGGAGCGUUUACGAAGAGUGCGCGCUGCGGAGCAGCUCAGGCAGCAACAGAGGUAUGCCGCAUACGUUGAAGCUCAACGCCAAGCGGAAGUAGCGCGGAUGCGUUUACAAGAAGAACGUAAACGUAAGAUUGAAGAAAUGCGACAAAAAGAACAAAAGCGUAGACUGGAUGCCUUAGAACGUCGUGCAGCCCUGGAGAUGUCAAAUCAAGCACGAAUUGAUGCUAUACGUGAACGCUCUGCAAUCCGUUUUGGAAACAGUACCACUGGCCGCAGGCAUACAGAAAAGAGAAAUUGUGGACGCACAUCAAGCGCUUCUCCUUCACUGGGUGUCACAAGGAAUCCAAGCAGCCUGAUGACUACUUCUUGUGUAGUGGCGUUCGGUAGUAGUUCCCCCAGAUCUAUAUGUACGCAACCAAGUCCAGCAGCUUUACGUUUGAAACAGACUUUCGAAGCACGACUAGCUAGCUAUCUUACUGGGCGACAUAGCGGGUGCUUUUUUACAGCAACUGCAACACCAUAUUAUUCGUGCUUUAUAGAUCCAUCACAUGUACCUCGGCCCCCAACCUGUGUAUAUAAAUCGAGGCUCAGUAAUCGAGGUGUAGUGCAGUCUAGGCGAGCUGCCUCAGCUCAUGCUUCUGUUUUACGCCAGCAUAAGUCAUCAUUCACUCGGGUUACUCAUGCUCGACGUCAGCAAACUCCUCUCGCUAACAAAAACACUAUUUUCAAGUCCGGUCAAUCUGUCAGCACUAAAGACUCGAAAUCCCCCAACACUUCCACAAUUUCCGACGGGCACAAUUCCGAGUAUACCCAAACCAGUGAAGUGCCGAACAGAUCCAGUUCAUCAAAUGAAUGUGAUAAGAUUGGUCGUCCAAAUUAUCGUGGCACCUUGAAUUCUCACCGAUCGACCACACCCACGGUUCCUGCGGAUACUAUACGACCUAUUAAAAAUCUUCAAACGACCAAACGGAACAACAGUGCCCGCAUACCUCCCUUAAUGUCCAAGUCGGUUUCUGGAGAUAGCUUACACCAGCGUACUAGGGCGAAACCCAUACUCCCGUCCAAGCCCCGCUCACCCCCGGCCAGCACAUCAAAGACUCAGGAGUUUGAGACGGAUCUUACCAAUCUGGUGCCUCCACCCAAGUCUGACAAUUUAGAAACUAACACCCAAAUGACAGAUAAUACUGCCUCUAAGACGAGGCCUGCGGAUAAAUCUGUGCUCCCUGUCGUCUCUGGAGAAGUUAUAAAUAACGUAGAGUCGGCAGCAAAUGUUAUUCCGCAAGUAGGCCCAAUUACGGCUGAAACUCAUCGAUCGGGAGAAGGCGCUGUCCUGCCUGAAAACGAAGCGGCGAUUUAUCGAGCUAAGUUAGUAGAACAACGUCGGUUAGCAAAAGAGCGAAUGGAGGAAGAGCAAAGACGAAUGGAGGAACAAAAUCGUAUAAAAAAAGAACAAGAAAGACUAGCUGCAGAAGAAGAGGAGCGUUUACGGAAAGAGGAAGCUCAACGGGCCAUAGAAGCUAGGAAAGCUGCUGAACGUCAGGCUGAAGAAGAACGCCUCAAAAAGAAACAGCAAAUUGAAGAAGAGAGAGUAAUGCUUAAAAAGAAACUGGAUAGUAUUAUGUCCCGUGUUAAGCGCCCUGUUGGCACCGGACCCGUGAGUACGUCCGAAUUACCUACCGCCAACAUUAGCGAUAUGGAUAGUUCAGUCACAUCGGCACCUGCUGUUAACGGUACUCAAACCGUUAACUCGAAGGAAGAGGUCAAUACUCAAGACCUGAAUGCCGUGGCGAAUAAUCUCGUCACACCCACAGUCAACAAUGAUAAAGAGGUGGAAUCUCGGUCUACGUUUGAAAUACCGAAUACCGUUGUACGCCCUCCGUCAGAGGAUGAUACUGAAAUUCGUGCCGGAAGCAGUUCCACUGAUACAGAAGAGCCUCAUCCUAUUGAUUCACUAACGUCUCAAAUUAGUUCACUGGAUGUAAACCAGAAUACUCAUCAAACUGCACAGGUCAAACAACAGUGUGCUAAUGCACCUAUCUUCAAGUCUGCCCUACUGCAGUCUAUGCUUGGUGGAGGUCGUUUGUCAACACGUGCAAAGGAUGCUGUAGCAGGUUUAAGACGUAAUUCAUCUUCAGUAAGUGAAGAUACUCUCAAAUCCAAUAUUUGCCAUAUACCUAAUAAUCAGGAUGGUGCUUCACUUAACAAUACUAUAAUACAUGAGGUCGAUGAAGAUUCGCCGACAAAAAGUGUUGUUUCCGUUCAGCGAUCAUUCCAGGACGCAUCGCAAAAUGGCCACGAUAACCUACCUCAUUGCAACGGAUCAAAUGGUAUCGAAAAUCCUAUUACCUCCUCUCAGCAGUCUAAUGAAGAAGCUUCCGCACUCGGAUCUAUGCCUAGUCUUCCCUUCGAGUGAACUACCCCUUAAAAUCCGUGUAUUGCAAUUACCAACGUCAAGUAUUUAAAGCUUUUUGAAAUCUGGAGAAAACGCUUCCAAAACACUGGCUUCUUUCUAUGUUUAUAACAUACAUUUUUUCGUCUUUUUGCUCUCUUUUUUUAUACUUAUUAUAUUGUCUUUUGAUGAAAUUAUAAAAAGAGAAUAUGAAAAUUGGUAAUUCUCUGCACUGUUUUACACAUCAUCCGCGUAAUUUUUUGUGCAGUACUUACAAUUUCUGGUCACUUUGCCUAUCCAUCUACGUAACUAAACAUACCUUCUAGAUUAGCCUUUGUAAUAAGUCGAAAUUUCGUGAUUGCUUUUGAUUGAUUGAAGAAGAAAACGAAGACUAAACAUUUUUUCUCUGCUUCAUUUCCUGUAAAGUGAUGGUCUAACUGUGACCUCAUGUUCAUAUUUGAAAAUUAACAAUAUUGUAAUUUUACAUCUUGUUCUUCUUACACAUCAGUCCAUUAUUCUCUAUCUGAUACUAAUGAAUUAAUCUCUUAGCACAUCGUGUUUUACAAUAAUUUGGUUUCUUUGAAACAUUUGUGAUGUUUUUUCUUUCUUUUUCACUUAGUUUUACCAAAGCUAUGAUAUUUUUCUCUUUUUUGAUUCAAUGUUUUUGGUGUACCAGAGUUAUCAUUCAUAUUGCUGAACACUACCGUCUUUUUUUCCCUCUUCAGAGUCUACAAAUCGCCAACGUCGUCUCAUUCAGCCACCCCGUUUCUCCCUCCCUCUCUCUCUCUUACACUCUCCCGGUACUGACAUAUAUUCUAGUGCUUAGUUGAGCAAUGAAUAUAUGUCUCGUAUACUUCUCUCUUUUUGUAUGUGAACUAUCCUCACCUUUGUCUCAUCGUACUCAGUACUACUGGAUAUUAAUUGACGUGCCCGUGGAUUUAUGUGUGUGUGUUUGCAUUUUCUAUUAAUUGUAGGUUAUAAAAUCAAUCUCUUCACACUUCCCUUCAUUAUAUGCAAUCUCACUUUAUCAACUUAUCUUUUUUUUUCUUGUUAGUCGUACUACUAGUAGUACUGCUAAUGAUACUUAUCCUUUGGUUAUCUUUUCACCUUGUCAUUUUCUUUAUAGCUCUGUUCGACAUUUAUAUUCACCACUCUUUAUACUAGAAAAGUGAGAAAUAAAGAUUAAUUUUAUGGAAAUCAUCGAGUUCACUUUUAAUAUAUGUGUAAAACUUGGG